UCCUACCUUCCUCAUUUCACUCGGGUUUAAGGGCUUCUCAUCCCUCACUUUCGUAAAAGAACUAGAAUAACGAAUCAGGCCUAAUAUCUUCCGCCGAAUGCCGUCCUGAUCCAUUCUUCGCGGAAGCCCUUACUCAUAUAAACCCGACCCGUAUCCUAAAACCUUACAAAAUCUGCUAAUACCUCACCUCAACUCUCACAGGACCCUGAAGAUGGGCUCCGCGAGUUUUGCUUCAAUCCUAGCCAAUGGCUGCCGGAGUUUUAGUUUGCCUAUGGCUCUUGUGCGCACGUUAGCAACCACCCACGCUGCUUUCGGUAAGCACUACGACAACAAGCACGUGACGGCUUGGUCUUCGUCUUCUGGGUGUUCACAAAGCAACGGCAGGGUGUUUGCAUGUGCAUCCUCAAGUUCCGGCGUUACCACCGCAGCUGCUGCUAAAUGCUACCCUGAAUACGAUCGGUUGCUUCCAUGUCCCUCACAAAAUGGCCCGCCAAGAGUUGAACAUUUGGUUGUUUCAGAAGGAGUGCCUGUUCUGGAAUAUAUCUGUAAAGCUCUGGAUCUUCCUCCUCUGUUUGUUGCAGAUCUCAUCCAUUUUGGAGCUGUAUAUUAUGCCCUUGUAUGUCCAAAGCCUCCUCCAAGUGCUACCCCUGAGCAAAUCAGAAUAUUUGAAGAAGUUACAGCGCCAUCAGUAUUGAGAAAGAGAGCUUCCAUCAAAGGGAAAACAAUACGAGAAGCACAAAAAACUUUUAGGAUAACUCAUAUACACCAGUUCGUUGAAGCUGGAACAUACUUGCGAGUGCAUGUGCAUCCAAAACGCUUCCCAAGGUGCUAUGAAAUUGACUGGAAAUCAAGGAUCAUAGCUGUGGCCGAGUCCUAUGUGGUUUUGGACAAACCUGCUGGAACAUCAGUGGGAGGAACAACAGACAAUAUUGAAGAAAGUUGUGCAACCUUUGCCACUCGUGCCUUGGGUUUAACAACCCCUUUGUUGACCACCCACCAGAUUGAUAAUUGCACGGAGGGCUGUGUUUUGUUAGCAAGGACUAAGGAUUAUUGCUCAGUUUUUCAUGGUAAAAUCAGAGAGAAAAAGGUGAAGAAGCUGUAUCUGGCUCUUGCUGCUGCAUCUGUACCAAUUGGAGUGAUUACCCACUACAUGCGUCCAAUAAACAUGGCUCCAAGACUCAUUUCAGAAGAUUUUAUCAAAGGAUGGAACUUUUGUCAACUUGAGGUCUUGGAAUGCAAAGAGGUUCCAUGGCCAAAUGCUGUCAUUGAAAACCAAUAUUGCAUUGAGGAUUGUGGCUGGCCCUCCAACGAUAUUGCAUAUGAAUGUAAAAUCAACCUUCUGACUGGUCGGACUCAUCAGAUUCGAGCACAACUGGCUGCCUGUGGUGCACCAUUAGUUGGCGACUCAAUGUACAUGCCAGCUGCAAUUGCGGAGAUGAAUAAUCCUGGGCUUAAUCCAUUUGGAAAAUACAAGAAACAUUAUGCAAGUGAGACAGAUGAAGCAAUGGCUGUUAUGGAAUGGAUUUCACGGCAUGGAAAGGAACCAAAGGUCGCAAUUGGUCUUCAAGCAUGUCAGAUCUCGUGGGAUGAAGGUGAACUCAUGUAUAAGGCUGGGUCUCCUUGGUGGAGACAUGAAAUAGCUUAGAAUAGGUACUUCUAGAUAAGGUUCAACUGCAGGGCCCAGUAAUUUCCUUCAGAUAAUGGAGGUCCAUGUCAUGAAAGUAGUUCACUUCAUCUCAUGAAAGUAGUUCUGGUAGGAUUGUAAGGAGAAACGAGAACUUGGUUAGUUCUCCACUAAAAACAGUUAACAUCAUGCUUGGUUAGUUA